AUGGCGGCCAUGCUCAGCCUGCCCAAGCUCCCCGCCGCCGGUCCACCGCCCAACCACCACUNCCGCCACCGCCCAAUCCUUUCAAAAUUACUCCCCACUCCCCUCAACUCCUCGAAAUCCCAAAACGACCCCGCAAAAUACCCAACCAAUCCCCACAAGCUCCUCCACGAAGCCGCGGCGCAGCUGAAAUCAGCUGCUCCUCUCCCCCUCGCGGCGCUCGCAUUGCCUUUCUUUUUCGAUCCAAAGGAUGCGAGCGCCGUUGGAGGGGAAUUUGGGAUUUUGGAAGGGAGAUCUUUUGCGUUGGUUCACCCGAUUGUGAUGAGUGGGCUGUUUAUGUACACGCUGUAUGCUGGGUAUCUUGGGUGGCAAUGGAGGCGGGUCCGCACCAUACAGGACGAGAUCAACGAGCUGAAGAAGCAGGUCAGGCCGGUCGCCGUCUCGCCGGACGGGAACCCGACGCCGGCCCAGCCGCCUUCCCCGGUCAAAGCCAAGAUCGAGCAGCUUACCGAGGAGAGGAAGGCGUUGAUCAAGGGGUCAUAUCGGGACAAGCACUUCAAUGCAGGCUCCAUAUUGCUUGGAUUUGGAGUAUUCGAAUCUGUGUUUGGUGGGAUCAACACUUGGUUCAGAACAGGAAAGCUAUUCCCCGGGCCUCAUUUAUUUGCUGGUGCAGCCAUAACAGUUCUAUGGGCUGCUGCUGCUGCAUUAGUGCCUCCAAUGCAGAAGGGAAAUGAAACUGCGAGAAAUCUACACAUUGCGUUGAACGCCUUGAACGUACUUCUCUUCAUUUGGCAGAUCCCAACCGGAAUCGACAUUGUUUUCAAAGUAUUUGAAUUCACUAAAUGGCCUUGA